AACGAAAGAACGCGUCGUCAAUCAAUCUACCGCACGUCUACGGCGCGCCGCCGCCGCCGCGGCCGAGCUUCUUGGUCGCCAACGCCCGCUGGUCGUGAUGUUGACGCGCGAAGUCCUUCUUCGUCAGCCCUCUGUAUCCUCUCCCCCUCCCGCCGCCGUCGUCGCCGCCGCCGCUACCGCUACGUCCCCGUCCCCCUCCUCCCGCGCCCGGCGUCGGGUGCGCCUUCGGUCGGUCGCCGCGCCCCGCCGCCGCUCCCCCCGCCGCCCGCGGCGGCGGCGGCGGCGGCGCGGAGAGCCGCGCCGCGCGAUUCCCGCCGGCGCCCAAGCCGUGCACUUCCUCGCGCGUCGUCGCCGCCUGCGCCGCCGCGAUCGCCGCGGCGUCCUCCGUGCUCCGCGCCUUGACCUCCGUCGCGCCGUCCUUCGCGGCGUGGUACACCCUUCCGUUCGCGAUCCAGUACGUCUUGAGCGGACCGCCCCCGCCCCGCCCCCCGCCGCCCCUCCCGACGCCGCCGCCGCCGCCGGAGAAUCCCUCCGCCGCCCCCGCGUCGCUCCCGACGCCUCGAACCUCCGCGAGCUCGUCGAACGAGUCGUCGUACUCGUCCUCGUACUCCGCGUCGAACGCGAACCGUCGCGUCGCGCGAACCGACGCGCGGUCGAUGUCGAGGUCGAGCUCGCGCGCGGUCGCCGUCGACGCGUCGAGCGCGGAGCCUUUCCGACGAACGAACCCGCCGCCGUCGAAUUCGAACGCCGCAGCGUCGGCGUCGAGCGCGUUUGCGAUUUUCUUAUCAGGGCCGUUCUAUACGAGCGAAAGUCGGGGUGGAGUUCAAAGGCGUCAGGUGGAGUUGAAAGGCGCCGAGGGCGGGGAUUGAAAGCGAGGGGUGGGCGGAGAGACACGCCGGGCAAAGUCCUUAAGGAUCGGCGUUCAUAA